UAUCGAUAAACUAAAACUACAUCUUCACCGCACCCACGCACACACACUCAACGGCACUGCGUUGAGUCGUUCAAGAUGAGGAUCGAGACUUGCUAUUUCUGCUCGCAGCCGGUGUACCCCUCCAAAGGAAUAACAUUCGUCCGCAACGACGCCCGACUCUUCCGCUUCUGCCGCUCAAAAUGCCAUAAAAACUUCAAAAUGAAGCGCAACCCCCGCAAACUAGCCUGGACCAAAUCCUUCCGCCGCGCGCACAACAAAGAGCUCGCCGUCGACAGCACCCUCCUCUUCGCCGCCCGGCGCAACGUGCCCACGCGCUACAACCGCGACCUCGUCGCCAAAACCCUCAAGGCCAUGGCCCGCGUCGCCGAGAUCCGCAAGAAGCGCGAGCGCGUCUUCUACAGACGGCGCAUGGCCGGGAAUAAGGAGCGGCAGCGCGCCGCGGAUCGGAAGCUGGUGCGGGAGAAUCAGCAUCUUUUGCCGGUGGGCAUGAGGGAUGAGGUUAGGAGGGUGUUGGAGGAUGGUGAUAAGGAAGAGGAGGUCGUGGGUAUGGAGGUUGAGGGGCAGGAGGAGGUGCUGAGUGAGGUGGAAGUGGAGGAGGAGGAGGAGGAGGAGUUGAGGGUCAAGGCGCCGAAGAAGGCGGUUAAGAAGAAGCAGAAGCUUGUGCGCGGGAGCGGGCCUGAGGCUAUGGAGGUGGAUGGAUGAACGUUGGAGCUGGAGCCGAGAAGAAUAUUUUUCCACGGUGUAGUGAGAUCCCCCCCUUUUUCUCAGUAGUUGGCAUUGCAAGGAGUUUUCGGCGCAGAUUUGACGGGGCAACGGGGCAGAGCACCUCGGAAAGAAAAGACCGGGUUUUUCAAUUGGCUUUGUUCUAGGUAGAGCCGCCCACAUUCCCUAGCAGGACUACCUAUAUACACAUGUGUGUACGUAUGUGUAUGGAAAGCCGUUGACUUUGACAAAAGCCGAGUACAUCAUAUAUAUCGGACGUGCGUUGUAGUUCGAUAAUAGAUCUACAGGCAGGCAGACACCCGUGUGCUAUG